CACACACACACACACACACACACACACACACACACACACACACACACACACUCCCACUCCCACUCAAACACACACACCACAGAAAGAUCUAAAAGCCAAACCACGCGCGUUGGACGAGAUGAAGAAGAUGUUGUUUCCACUCCUGCCGCCUCUUCUUCUGCUCUGCAUGCACUGUCCUGCCGGCGUGUCAGUGACAGUAAGCUCCAGAAAAGCCAAAGUGGAAAUCCACGAGCACACAGACGCUGUCCUGUCCUGCGAGUUCGGCACUGAGAAGGAUCCCAACCCUCGCAUCGAAUGGAAGAAGAAGGGAAACGCUGUCACUUUUGUUUACUUUAAUAACAAAUUUACUGGAUCCUACGCAGGCCGGGCCAAGAUGGAGGGAGCCACGCUGACCAUCCACUCAGUGAGUCAGAAAGACUCGGGAGAGUACCGCUGUGAGGUCACCGCCAGCCAGGACCACGUCAACUUUGGAGAGGUCACCGUCAACCUUCACGUUCUUGUGCCUCCUCACAUCCCUUCAUGCGAGGUUCCCCAGUCCGUGUUCGUGGGUUCGGACUUGGAGCUUCUGUGCAAAGACCAGCUGAGUGUCCCCCCCGCCAAGUACAGCUGGUACAAAGACAACAAGGUCCUGAUGUCCUCCAGCAACAUGGCGUACAGCAUGGACUCUCACAAAGGAACGCUGAAGUUGAAAAGUGUUUCCAAAGUGGACUCGGGGAUGUAUCGCUGUGAGUCCUCCAACAGUGUGGGGGCGCCCAAGAGCUGCGUGGCACAACAACUAAAAGUUAUCGACUAUCAAGCAGAUGCGGCCAUUUUGAUAGCCGGCGCUGCAACGUUUGUGGUUGUCACGCUGCUCUGCUGCAUCUGCGUCUGUGUUUGCUACCGUCGAGGAUGCUGCAACAAGGACUUUGAACCAAAGAUGUCCACUUUGUCUCCCAGCAGCAAGUCCUACAGCCCUCCUCCUCCUCCUCCGCCUCCCAUCCACAACCUCAUGAACUACAAACAAACUCAGUCUUUCAUGAUCUGAACGAUGUCCAAACAUCCAAAAUCCAACUUGUCUCACAGCUGGAAUGUUGUCGCCCUCGCUGGUAUUUUCUUCAAAGACCAAAACUCAGCCAAUUCUCGUCAAACCCUCGCUGGUUGCCGUACAGAUUUUGGGCAUUACAGAUGCUUCGACAAAUCGAAUGGAGCUCAAAAAGAACCGGCGUCCUCUGUAGUAGACGUUUGAUUUAUUUUGUCCUUGUUACACACAUUUUUGAAGAAGAUAAAAAAAAAAAAAAGUCCACUGCAGAGGACACUGGUUCUCAGGAUGAUAUAAGCUAAGCCAGUGGUUCUCAAACUUUUUUUCACCUCAGAAAACUCUUGGCUCUCCAAGUACCACCAUA